CUCAGCGCCUCCAAGCGUCAAAAAUCUUGGAUUUUGCGAACGGAGAGCUGAGGAGAGCGCCCUCAAGGUUGCUUGAGUAGAUUUGAUUGCCCAUCUACACUCUCUCACGGCAUUUUGAGCUCGAGACCGUUUGGGGUAGUAAAACGGGCAAACUAUUUGUCGUUCUCCGUGCUCAAUUAGCGACAUGUUUGCGAGGAUCACGCUCCGUCCAACUAGUCUUGUGUGGAGUGUCUUCAAGCCACCAGUCUGUCGACAAAUUUCUCGGCGAAGCAUCUCACCAGGUUCCGAUACCAAACUUGCUCCUGGCCUUCUAUUGGUCUCAUCGUUACUUGCUGGGGCGCUCGUCUUCGCGGUCACACAACAGAAUUCGCGGCUCGAUGCUCUCCCUUCCUCCACAGAAGAGAUCGUGCAACGCAGGGAUGAGCAGCGGAUAAUCCAAGAUUCAUAUGCGAAGCAUAUGAAUGACCUUCGAGCGAGUGAGCUGCGGGGCAAAGUCUACACCGCGUCCGGGCAUGUCAUCCGGUUCCAUGGCGUUCAACAUGCAAGCAAUUCUCCUUGCGAGGACGAAAUCGUGCACGGCAUUGCAGAGAGUAGAGGGCCGCAGAAGUGGGCAUACUGGGCAGUGUUUGACGGUCAUGCCGGAGGUGCUACAUCGAAGCUGCUCAAAAGCACGUUGAUCACGGAAGUUGCCAGAGAUCUAACAAAGAUAGCUUCAGACGUAUGUAUCAAUGACAGUAUCAAAAGUACAUUCAAGAGAAUCGACGACCAGAUCAUGCAGCGGGCCUUGGAUGUUCUUCGAUCGGGCAAGGCGGACUCCAAAGCAAGCAAAGACAUCCUGUCGCAAGCCUAUGCUGGCUCCUGUGCUUUAAUCGCCAUGCUCGACCCUUCCCAGUCGAAACUUCGCGUCGCAGUCACGGGAGACAGUCGUGCCGUGCUUGGCCGAUACUCUGAAUCCCAAGGAAUCUACACGGCCAUUCCCAUGAGCGUCGACCAGAACGGGAAGAACCCUGCCGAGAAGCUACGGAUUGAACGAGACCAUCCGGGCGAGGAGAACGUAAUCAGUCCACGAUCGGGACGCAUUCUCGGGCUGGCCAUCUCGCGCGCUUUCGGCGACAGUCGCUGGAAGUGGUCCGAGGAAGACAGCCUUCUCGCAAACGAAAAGUUUAACGGGCCUCGAUUGCGCGGCCUCGGACCACCUGGAAGCGUGAAGACGCCACCGUAUCUGACGGCUGAACCUGAGAUCGAAGAAGUCGCGCUCAAGAUGGGCGACGACGAGCCGAACGCCGAUUUCCUUAUCAUGGCAACCGACGGCUUCUGGGACCAUGUCAGGGCCGAAGACGCGGUCACCUGUGUGGCCGAGUGGGUCAAGCAUCAAGCGUAUAACGCAAAGCACUAUCAGGCCCCCGCUCCGGGCAUCAUGGACGGAAGCGAUCGACGGCUGUUGGGGGCGUUUGGCAAGAAUUCACCUAUUGAGUGGCCGCUGAAGAAGGGUAGCGAUCUGUGGCCCGAUUGGGCCGUAACACCGGAAGACUUUGUUUACGAAGAACACAAUGCGGCGACGCACCUGGUUCAGAAUGCGUUUGGAGGCAGAAGAAGGGGCCUGUUUUGUGGUGCGAUGGCGGAGGUCUAUCCCUUGAGCAGGCAUGCUAGAGAUGAUAUCAGUGUCUAUGUGAUCUUCUUUGGUAAAGUGCAUGGGAAGAGGAUUUUCGAUGAGCCCAGUCUUCGGAUUCUAUAGUCUCAGGUGUGGCUAUAGACUACAGUAGCAAGUUCGUCGGAUCUGUUUUCUCCCCAAUGUGAGCGGGGAUGUCUACGCAACUGUUUCCCACCGCAGGGCGUGAGUUGCGAGCAAUGGUGCUAAUUUAUCAUGCCUCCCUGACUUGCUUUGCUAUAUCCUUAUACUAGCGUCUUGAUGGCGAAAGCAAAAAGGAUUCAGGACUUUCAUCCAUCUUACCGCGA